AGCCUACUGACUGGUGCCAGAAAAUAGCUGUAAAGGAACUAUGUAAAUCAAUUAACUCCAUGGUUUUUAUGGAGAUCUCUUGAUACCAAAUCUUCUUUCUUUUCAUGCUUCUCUGAUCCUGCGGAGAUGAAAAUUGACAUCCAUAGUCAUAUUCUACCAAAAGAAUGGCCAGAUCUAAAAAAGAGAUUCGGCUAUGGAGGCUGGGUGCAGCUCCAACACCACACUAAGGGAGAAGCAAAGAUGCUGAAAGAUGGGAAGGUCUUCAGAGUGGUCCAAGAGAACUGCUGGGAUCCAGAAGUCCGUAUUAGAGAAAUGGACCAAACAGGAGUGACCAUGCAAGCCCUUUCCACAGUUCCUGUCAUGUUUAGUUACUGGGCCAAACCUCAGGACACUUUAGACCUGUGCCAGCUUUUAAACAAUGACUUGGCUGCCACUGUUGCAAACCACCCCAGGAGGUUUGUGGGUCUGGGGACGUUGCCCAUGCAGGCCCCCGAGCUUGCCAUGAAGGAGAUGGAGCGCUGCGUGAAGGAGCUGGGCUUUCCCGGGGUCCAGAUUGGCUCCCACAUCAAUGAGUGGGAUCUGAAUGCACCGGAACUCUUCCCUGUCUACGCAGUGGCUGAAAAGCUGAACUGUUCCCUAUUUGUGCACCCCUGGGACAUGCAGAUGGAUGGACGGAUGGCCAAAUACUGGCUCCCCUGGCUUGUAGGAAUGCCAGCAGAGACCACCACCGCCAUCUGCUCCAUGAUCAUGGGAGGAGUGUUUGAGAAAUUUCCCAAACUGAAAGUGUGUUUUGCACAUGGAGGUGGUGCCUUCCCUUUUACAGUCGGAAGAAUCUCCCAUGGAUUCAACAUGCGCCCAGAUCUGUGUGCCCAGGACAAUCCAACCAACCCAAAGAAAUACCUUGGUUCCUUUUACACAGACUCCUUGGUUCAUGAUCCUCUGGCACUCAAGCUGUUAACAGAUGUCAUAGGAAAGGAUAAAGUCAUUUUGGGAACUGAUUACCCCUUUCCACUAGGGGAGCUGGAACCUGGGAAACUGAUAGAGUCCAUAGAAGAAUUUGAUGCAGAAACAAAGGAUAAACUCAAAGCUGGCAAUGCCCUAGCAUUUUUGGGCCUUGAAAGAAAACAAUUUGAAUGACUGGAUUUACUACAAAGGCAAACAUUCAAGAAGUUAUUUUAUUUUUGUUUUUAAAUAUGUAUCACACAUGCAUUACUAAAAUCUUAUUUGGAACUAUUUUACCCAGAAAUAGAAUAUCCACAAAUGUUCUAAAUUAUUCAUAACAAAAAUGAC